AUGCUGAUAUUUAGGAACACAUUGCACAACGCACCAGCUCCGAGAAAUAUUUCCGAGGUCAGAAGCUGGCUGGGUCUGGUGAACUACUAUGGGAGAUUUUUGCAGAAUCUCUCCUCUAAAUUGAACCCGUUACACAAUCUACUACAAAAGGACCAGGAUUUCCGAUGGAGUCAAGAAUGUGAGAAGGUGUUCAGGAGCAUCAAAUCUGAAAUAACUUCGGAUGUUGUUCUUUGUGCGUACAAUCCAAAAUUACCUCUAUCAUUGGCGACCGAUGCGAGUCCAUAUGGUUUAGGGGCUGUGCUAUCCCACACAUUCCCAGAUGGACAGGAACGACCAAUCGCUUACGCCUCGCGAUCUCUGUCAAACUCAGAAAAAAAUUAUAGCCAAAUUGACAAAGAGGCGACUUCAAUAUUCUGGGCGUUAAAAAGAUUUUUUCGUUAUUGCUAUGGCCGGAAGUUCACACUAAUCACCGAUCAUAAACCAUUAGUUGCUAUUUUUAGCCCUAGCAAAAGUUUACCAAGUAUGGUGGCUACUCGUAUGCUGCAUUAUGCACAGUUUCUGCAAGGCUUCACUUAUGAAAUUGUGUAUCGAGCGACGGGGGAUCACGGCAAUGCAGAUGCGCUUUCUCGUUUGCCCCUACAGUUGGAAGAACCUAAAGAUGAUGACAAUGUAACCUACUACCAAAUGAAGCAAAUAGACGUUGUUCCUGUUACCCAAAAACGAGUUGCUGAGGAGACAUCUAGAGAUCCAGCUCUAAAGGAGGUGUAUAACAACUUAGUGCUGGGAAAAAAAUUAGACACAGCUGGAUUCGAAGGUAAAGAUUAUCAAUUCUCACUAACAAAUGGUACAAUUCUCAGGAACAAUCGGGUGGUGAUUCCUCAGAUACUGAGGGAACUUAUACUGGCAGAAUUACAUACUGCUCACGUGGGGAUUGUUAAGAUGAAAGCAUUGGCACGAAGCUAUGUGUGGUGGCCACACAUUGACACUGACAUCGAGGACUUAGCCCAGAAAUGCAUGGCCUGCAGAAGCGUUCAAAAAUCUUCGAAAAGGAUUCAACAUCCAUGGGAAUAUCCAUCAACCCCAUGGCAAAGGGUACACGUUGAUUUUGCGGGACCGUUUUUUGAAAAAUAUUUUUUGAUUGUGGUCGAUGCACAUUCUAAGUGGCCAGAAAUUUUUCAAAUGAAUAGCAUGAAAGCAGCAAGGACAAUCGAAGUGUUACGUGACCUGUUUGCCCGAUAUGGUCUACCCGUGACAUUGGUCAGUGACAAUGGGCCUACUUUUACAUCGGGGGAGUUUAGGAGAUUCUUAAAAGAAAAUGGUAUCAAUCAUAAGUUCACUACUCCAUACCAUCCAGCCACUAAUGGUCAAGCUGAACGGAAGACACCAAACUCUACAACCGGAGUGGCACCCUGUACAUUAUUUCUCCAGCGAGAUAUACGCAUCAGAUUGGAUUUGAUCCGGCCAAACACCAUCGAUAACGUAAAGGAGAAACUAAACGGGCCAUAUCCAAGUGGUGUGCAAUAUUACCCGGGAGAUAAGGUUCAAGUAAGAGAGUAUUCUAGCAAGGACAAAAAGUGGGAGUUUGGGAAAAUAGUACGUCAAGACGGACUUUUCCAUUAUUUCAUUGAUGUUCACGGGAAGCUAUGGAGAAGGCAUGUGGACCAGAUUCAGAAAUGUAACGUGGAUGAAAAACAAGCACCGAAGGAUCCAGAGGUGCAGCUUUUAAACUCUGCUCCUAUGCUUAGCCCCACAUGCGGUGGUCCUACAACAAAUUCGCCGAUACAAACAUCUGGUGAUGAGUUUCAGUCACCUGUGGCGCAAUCACCUAAGCCCAAUGAAUCCUGGAGUGAAGAAGUAGUUCAACCAUCACCAUCAAUCUCGAAGGAAGCAGAUAAUUUUGACAAAGACACUGAAGUAGCACCCACGGUUCGAAGAAGCAGUCGCGUUAAGAAGCCUGUAGAGCGGUUGGGUUACUAA